AUGGCGGCAACGGCUGAGGGUGUCCUGGCCGCCCAGCGGGAGGGACAAAAUCGAGAGGAUGCAGUGGUGGAGUCAGCCGAGGAGGCUACGGAGACAGCGGAGGAGGCUACGGAGCCCGCCGAAGCGGACAUCACAGGGCUGUGCCAGGACAUGGUCUCCAAAAUGGCCACGUACCUAACUGGCGAGCUGACAGCCACCAGUGAAGACUAUAAACUCCUGGAAAAUAUGAACAAACUGACUAGCUUGAAGUAUCUAGAAAUGAAAGAUAUUGCAGUAAACAUAAGUAGAAACCUGAAGGACUUAAACCAGAAAUAUGCAGCACUUCAGCCUUAUUUGGAUCAGAUCACUUUAAUUGAGGAGCAAGUAGCUGCUCUUGAGCAGGCAGCUUGCAAGUUGGACGCAUAUUCGAAGAAACUAGAAGCAAAGUACAAGAAGUUAGAAAGGCGAUGA